GCAGAUUAACCCUUUCUAUUUAGAUAAAAUCCCAACAUUAUUAAUUUAUUUUAUACUCUCACUCUCUUUCCUCUCCAUCUUCUCUCUCAAAUCUUCUUCCUCCCAUCAUUUCUCUCUCUUAAAAUACACCACUCUAAAUAAUUAAUCUUCUUUUUACAACUUUUUUUUAAUUCAAUGAUGGAAUUCGAGGAUGAGCACGAAGAAGAGGAGGAAGAGGAAGAAGAAGAACAAUCAUCAGAAAUGGCCAUAACUCCAACUUUCAAGAAAAACCAACAACAACAAAAUCUAGCAACAACAACAACAACAGUAACAACAGUGAGAUACCGAGAAUGUUUGAAAAACCACGCUGUCGGAAUCGGAGGCCACGCUGUAGACGGUUGCGGUGAGUUCAUGCCAGCUGGCACAGAAGGUAGCAUCGACGCUUUAAGAUGCGCCGCGUGUAACUGCCACCGUAACUUCCACCGUAAAGAAAAUCUCCCCGACAACAACGUUGUUGUCAACUCUUCAUCUCAACUCACUCUCUACACUCCUCGUCCCCACUCCCACCAAAUUUACCAAUUUUACCCUUACAACCGAACAACACCUGGAUACCUCCACGUGUCGGGUGGACAAAGGCCGUUGGCGUUGCCAUCUCCGACAAUGAACCAGAACCACCAUUACAACAACCAACAACAACAACAAAAACACGAGGAGAUGGUUGUCGGAAGAGAUGAAGUUGUUAAUAAUAAUAAUAAUAAUCACACUCAUCAUAUAAGUAGUACUACUACGGGUGUCGGAGAAGGAGGAACAAUGGAUAUAAGUGGAGGUACGAUGUUGUCGGGAGGUAGUAAUUCUUCGGGGAAGAAGAGGUUUAGAACUAAGUUUACACAAGAACAAAAGGAUAAGAUGUUGGAUUUGGCGGAGAAACUUGGUUGGAAAAUUCAGAAACAAGAUGAACUUGUGGUGCAUCAAUUCUGUCAUGAAACUGGGGUUAAAAGACAUGUUCUUAAGGUUUGGAUGCAUAAUAACAAACUUACUCUUGGUAAGAAACCCUAAUUACUUUUUCAAUUUUAUUAGCUACUAGUCUAGUAGUUGUCUAGCUACUUUAGUUGUGUCUUUGUACUUGAUAAACUAUAUAUUUUAUGGUGAUUAGUGAUGUUAUUAUUAAUAUGAUUAUGAUCAUAUGUUAGUAUUUUUAUGAAAUUAAAGGGAUUUGGAGUAGGAAAAUUAUUCUAGCUCCCAGGUGUACUUGUUCUUAGUCUAGGUGUUAUGAAAUUAGUGUAAAACUCUGUGUUAUUUUUUGUGGUUUUAAUGGAGUAUUAGUUAUUAUCUUGGUUAUUAAUUAAUGGAGAUAUUUAAUUA